AUGCUCACCUGGAGCACGACCAACGGCUCCGCACGAGGCAGGUCCUCGUCGAGCUCCAGAAGGAAUAAAGAAGACGUCGCAGUCAAAUUUCUGGAAUCUUGGGACAACGCCGUCUACGAUGGCGUCUCGACAGGAGGUUCGAUUCUUUACCAAUAAUUUUUCUUUUCCGUUUUGUGAAAAUUUUUGUUUUAAGUGGGUCUAAACUUCUCACUAAUUUUAACUGGCUUCCGAAACUGUAAAACUUACAGACAUGGCUCUUGACGAAGAAGCUGCUCUGUGGAGGGACCAUUUUGUCCACAUUCGAAUCGUUGGAAAACCCAUUCCGAUCUCUUCAUCACAGUCUCAACUUCCAUCUGUUGUGGGGAAGAAGGCCGACGUUUCCAGAAGCGCUGCAACGGUGAUUUCGAGUCAGAAACGUGUUAUAUUGACCGGAAAUUACAGAUUUCUCGACCUGAAAGGCCGAGGAAGAAGCCGAAAGACACUGCAAAGAGCGCAGACGCUUCUUUACCCAAGAUAAAAGCUCAGAAAGGGAAAUAA